UGAAAUCGGUGCUUCGCGCUGAGCGGUCGAGGUGCAUCUGUGUUCGCUGACAUCUGAUAGCUGGUCUGUGUAGUACGAUAGUACUACAGUGUACUAGAACAGGGGUUAUAGUACUACGUAUACGUAUAAAUAGUAACAGUUUGUUACGUGUCUUCGCGCCCUCAUGGCGUCUUGGGAAUACAAUUGCCCAAAGUUUGCCAAUUUAGCGGCAUGUAUGGACGAGAGCAUCUCGGAGCUGGAGAAGUACUUCGAGGUGGACCACGAAGAUGAAGCAAGAAACAGGAGGACGACUAGAAGGGCAGCUGCAGCCACUGCAGCCUCAGGUGGCACACGAGAUCCAAAAGUGGAGCAACCUGUGCAAAAGCCUCCAUCAACCCCAAAGACGAAAGCUGGCUGUCGGCUUACCCGGCAGAAAGAACAAAAGGUCGUUGACACAUGCAGGGAGGCACCCGUGCUGAGUGAUGCUACCGCUGAGCCUCCAGAACCAGCUCGAGAAUCUCUGACUAUCUGCGAGAUCACUGGAAAGGGAAACAGAAAUAUGGACAAGUCCGAAGAGAGAAGCAACUCAGCAUCAACUUCUGCUGUCAAGUCAUGCAAAAGAAAAACAUCAACCAAAAAAAGGAUUCUGGCCCGCCAUCCAGUCAUUCCUUCAUUAAAUGGGAACGAUGUGGCUAUGAAGAUGGAAGAACCUCCUUCAAAAGUAAGCAAGCCCAAUGCGCUUCCAGCAGCGAAGAAAUCUGGAGCUCCUUUAGAUGCGAAGAAGCAUGUAGUUCUUCCACCAGUAAGACAACACGCACGUUCCUCGGCGAGAAGUAAGAGCACUGUUGCUGUACCAGCGAAAAAAGUUGUCACUCCGGCACUGCAAAAGCCUCCAGCAGAGCGGCUCCAAAGUCUGGCAGAACUUGUGGUCAACUUCCACAACAAGACACCAACAAGGUUCCGACGAGUUCCAAAGGACCCAGGUGGAGAACAACAUGGUGUGGCAUUUAAAAAGCCCACAAUUCCUGUUACCCCGAAACUAGCUACACUGAUGCGAUCACGCUCUGCUUCCUUGAGAGAUCAAAAGCGUAAAGCAGAAGAGGUCAAUGUCUGUGUCAGCAACUCAAAGAAGUCGAAGGUAGAAGCUGUGAGAGCCAAGGCUAAGGUAGCGCCAGGGUCAAGACCAGCAUUGCGUCCAAAGAAUGUUGAACAAGACCUCAUGGUUUCAAAGCUGUCAACAAAGCCACCCCAAAAGAAGCUUGCCAAGACUCCAGCGUUGAGGGAUGUGUCAAAAAGGCUAACGGUCGCCAUGUCUCCAGCCUUUGCACUCAAGUUGCGAAGCGAAACAUGGAAAAAAAGAAAGGAAGCGGAGCAGAAAGCAAAUGGACCUACUGGAAGCAGCGCAGUAAGCUCUACCUUAAAGAUGUCUGUAUAACAGCUUGUCCUGUACUUGUUUCAUGAAAAUGAAACCCAUAUGCAGAAAAGAAAGGCUGGCCACGAUUGCUUUAUCGGCACACUGAAAGGAUGUUUUCUGCGAGCAUGCUUGGCGUUGUGACUCCAUACAUGAACUAAAUGACAUUGUUUCUUUUCUUGACAGGUGAAUGCAUGUAAACUUCUUGGUUCUUUUGCUCCUUUUCUUCUCCAAGCUUUUUGACGUGCCUGUAUUUUUUUUGCACUUUUCAGGCUAUCAGCCUUUUGUUUUUUGUUCUUCUUUUUCAUGCCACCUGUGUUUUGCCACUCAU